AUGUAUACAGUAAUGUAUAUCCCAGCUCCCCUGUACUCCAUUAUAGUGAUAGGACAUGUUGUAUACAGUACUUACUGUCCCCCCCGAGUCCCCCACGGAGGUGGAGAGGGUGUCUUCACUCAGCGGAGGAGAGCGGACCUCUCCUGCACCUGUCCCCUCGGCGGCGGUGCUGCAGAAGCCGCAAACCAGAAGUUGUAAACCGGAACUCGGCUUCACAAUGAGGCUUGGAGAGCAGGAGCAGUUGCUCCCACAAAGGAAUUUCUCCUCGCAUUUGGCGAGCAGCUUUUUCAAGCCCUGCCCU